AUGGCAACACUGUCUCGGCACGAUUACACGGUUGGGUGGAUAUGCGCCUUGCCUUUGGAGGUAGCAGCUGCGUGCCUAAUGAUGGACAAAAUACACCCAGACCUGGAGAUCCCGUGGCCAGACCAAAAUACAUAUAUCCUCGGAAAUAUCGGAAAGCACAACGUUAUUAUUGCGUGUUUACCAAGUGGCGGAUAUGGCAUCACCCAUGCUGCGACCGUAGCAGUACAACUGCGUACCACUUUCCCCUCCAUCCGAUUUGGUUUAAUGGUCGGUAUUGGGGGAGGGGUGCCAAGCAGCGGUCUAGAUAUUCGACUAGGUGAUAUUGUGGUGAGCCUGCCAGAAGAAGGCUGUGGAGGCGUGAUACAAUAUGAUUUUGGUAAAACAUUGAGCGGUGGACAUUUCCACCCAACUGGUAUGCUUAACCGGCCACCAGAGAUCUUGUUGACUGCCGUCUCAAAACUUCGAUCCUUUGACUACUGGAAAUGCAGUCAAGUUCCUGAAUUCAUUUCGCACGUCCAGGCUAAAAAUGCGAGAUUUGCACGACCGGAGCAGGAGGAUCGCUUAUUUCGAGCAGACUACACUCACAGAAAUGGUGAUACAUGUAAAGAGUGUGACCCAGCCCAAACAAUUCGCCGUUCUUUAAGAAGAAACAAUGACCCUGUCGUCCACUAUGGACGGAUUGCAUCGGCAAAUCAAGUUAUGAAAGAUAGCAGACGACGAGAUCAGCUAGCUAAAGACCUUAGGGUAUGCUGUGUGGAGAUGGAAGCAGCAGGGAUCAUGAAUAUUAUUUCAUGUCUAGUCAUUCGCGGUAUCAGUGACUACGCCGACUCUCACAAGAAUAAGGAAUGGCAACUAUAUGCAGCGACAGCGGCAGCCGCGUACGCCAAAGAGCUUAUCCUUACAGUUUCCACCAAUCCGAGCAACCAUCUCCCGACAACGCAAGAGCGGAACACAAUGAGCUCUAGUCCCACAUUAAAUACUACCACAGCUCACACACUUGAUGUAUUGGCUCAAGAUCCGGAUAUGGUCAAGGAGGUAAAGAAAUUGUCUCAGCAAAUACCAUUAGAACAUGGAGAUGCACCCAGACCAAAUCAUACCAGAAACCAAGAUCGCCUAGAGGACGACUCAGCUCCAGAGAAGAGCACACAUAUUUUAUCCGCCAAUGAAAAAUUUGUAUCUUUGGAUGUCUUGAGAUUAUCGAGCGGAACUGCCACGCUACACAUUACUGAAAAAUGUGGGAAAACCCCGAUCCAAUCGCCUAUGGACAAGAUAAGACGACGAGAGCCAGUCCGAAACAAUAAUAUCAAACAGUUCAGCCACACUACACUGAAGGGACAUUCCGGUCUGGUAGAGUGUGUCUCUUUCUCUCCAAAUGGGAAAACUAUAGGCUCUGGAUCUUUGGACAAUCAAGUUAGACUCUGGGAUGCCAACAGAGGUAUAACAACUUUCGUGCUUAAUGGACACUCCGACCGUGUGAAUACUAUAGUAUUCUCACCAGAUGGACGACUACUGGCAUCUGGGUCACGGGAUAAAACAGUCCGGCUCUGGGAUACUACUAAAGGCACAAUGCAAGUUGAACUGAAUGGCCAUUCUGGCCCUGUGAACACUAUCAGAUUCUCACCGGAUGGAAGCCUAGUGGCGUCCGAAUCUCUCAAUGGAGAUUACAAGCUCUGGCAUAGUGCCACAGGCAAUAUACACAGAAUAUCGAAUGACACAUACCGUCACCUGACCGCAGUUGAGUUCUCGCCAGAUAGCAGAAUGGUGGCAUUUGGAACUCAUGAUGCCGGUCUCAGGCUUUUGAACAAUGCUACAGGUACAUUCCAAACGCUAAGAGGAACCUCGGCUGAAAAGGUGAAUUCUAUGACAUUUUCACCAGAUGAGUCAAUACUUGCAUGUGUAGUUGAAAGGGAUAUUACUCUUUGGGACACUACUACAUGCAUGAUGUGUUCAACAUUGAGUGGCCAUCGCGAGAGAAUUAAUAUUAUGGCAUUCUCACCAGAUGGGGCAGUGGUGGCGUCCGGAUCUAGUGAUAGGACAGUCAGGCUUUGGCAAACUGGCACGGGUAUAAUGAUGAAAAUUCUGGCUGGCCAUUCUAAGCCUGUGAAUGCUGUAGCAUUCUCACCGAAUGGCACAAUGAUGGCAUCAGGAUCUGAUGAUAGAACCGUUAGGCUUUGGGAUGUUUCCACGGGCGCGGCGCAAACACUCAAGGGUUAUUGGGGUAAAAAUUGCAACAGCUUAACAUUCUCACCUGAUGGGAGACUAGUAGCUUAUCCAUCCGGCGAUAGAAUCAAGAUCUGUGCCACUGGCAUACAGAAUUAG